CUUCCGGGUUUAAGACCUGUUCGUUUUGUUUGGGUGUAUCGACCCAACAUGACAGGACGUGUGCUGCUGUGAUCGCGUUUGUGAUGCGCAAGGUGCUUGGGGGUCUGUCAGGACAAUGUUUUGCAUGGAUUUCCACACCUGUGCGGGCAGGUAAAAGCGACGGAGCGACUCGGAAGUUUAUUCUCUCCCCCGACUCGAUACACCUGUUGCUUCCCUUUGGACGCGCGAGGAACAGAGGUCGACCACACAGCGGGCUUUUCCCAAACCCGAUCUGAUAUUUCGAAGAGGACAUUUGUGUUGCAAUUAUGAAGGUCACGGUGACUUUUGGAGACAGAGCGGUGGUGGUUCCGUGCAAAGCCGAAUGGACUGUACGGGAUUUAAUCGACCAAUCAACACGAAGGUACCGGAGGAUUUUGGAUCAGCAUGGGAGAAGUGCGGUGAAAACCCUUCACCUAGAGUACACUGAUGGAGGCAUCCUGGACAUGGAUGACCUGCUGACAGACCUAGUGGAAGAUAAGGACAAGCUGGUGGCGCUGUUUGAAGUGCAGCGUGGGAUGACGGACAGCCCCAGGGAAAGCAUCUCUAAUGGUGAUUCCAGUGCUACACCCAGUCCAGAGCCUCUGAGCUACUAUUCACAUGUGCAGCUCCAGGAGCCAAUCAAAGGAGAGAUAGAAGUCAACGAGGCCGCCCUCAAAUCAAACACCCCCCUAUUGGUGAGGAGUAGCAGUGACUCGGUAUUGGCCCCUCCCAUUGAGAUGACCACUGCCUCAACACACCAUGACCAUACCAGCGAAGCCCCCAAGAUGGAAAUCAACCAUGCGCUGAAGGGAGGUCCAAAAUAUCCGACCAAGAUGAACCAGGUCUCAUUUAGCGCCCUCACGCGAACGGUCAACUUAAUUGGAGAUCAUGGGCCCCUUGGUAUUCAAGUCAUACCGUAUUGCUCCUCUCUCAGUGGAAGAAUGCUGGGCCUCCACAUUAAAAACAUUGAAGAAAACAGUCGCACCAAGAACGAGAAUAUCUUUGAAGAGGACGAGUGUAUCGUCCAAAUCAAUGGAAUAAAGCUUCAGGAUAAGUCCUUUGCAGAUUCACAGGAAGUGUUCCGCCAGUCCUUGUCCUCCCCUUCUAUGCAACUGGAAGUUGUCUCCGUUGCCAACAAACUUCGCUACGAGAAGGGCCUGAUCGGUCAACUGUUCAAUGGCGACAGCAAAGACAUAAAAGCAAAAAGCCCAGUGGUGACCCGUGCCAAAAUUGAUCUGCAUCCUGUGCCCAGACAAGAUUCCAAACCCAAUGAAAUCUUCAGGCGUCAAAAUACAGGAACCAAAACCUCAGAGCCACCUCCGCUAAACCCAGUGGCAACCCCUGUGAACCCUAUACUAGCAGAUUCUCAGUCUGGCAAGUCCCAGUCGGAAAGGUCUUCUCCCAUACCUCCAGUGCGGACAGCUCGCUCUUCACCUCCGAGGAGCCGCCGGCAGAGCCCUCCGGCCAAUAAGAGCUCUGGUGUGCCUGGGACAGCCAGCCUUGCAAACAAGAAAGGUGGCAAGAGGAUCAAAAUUGACUUGAAGAAAGGUGCAGAUGGUCUGGGAUUCACAGUGGUGACUCGGGACUCAGCUUCAAGUGGGCCAGGACCGAUUCUGGUGAAGAAUAUACUGCAACGCGGUGCAGCAAUCAAAGAUGGCCGCCUGCAGCCUGGUGACCGCGUCCUUGAGGUGAACGGAAUGGACAUGACUGGCCGGAGUCAAGAAGAACUCGUGGCCAUGCUGCGCAGUACCAAACAGGGAGAAAAUGUUUCUAUGGUAGUCGCUCGACAGGAGGAUGUCUUCAUGCCCCGGGAAUUGAAAGAUGAAGAUCCUGGAAGUCUUUUAUUGGAGGACGGCAGGGAGCAGCUCAUGUAUGAAAUCCCACUCAAUGAGACGGGUUCUGCCGGCCUCGGAGUGAGCUUGAAGGGCAACAAGUCUCGAGAGACUGGCGAGGACUUGGGCAUUUUCAUCAAGUCCAUCAUCCAUGGAGGGGCUGCCUACAAGGAUGGCCGGCUGAGAGUAAAUGACCAGCUGAUAGCAGUCAAUGGCGAAGCCUUGCUUGGACGGUCCAACAAUGCCGCAAUGGAGACAUUGAGGCGCUCCAUGUCGUCAGAGGGCAACACCAGGGGCACCAUCCAGCUCGUGGUGCUGCGAGCAUCCAAAGUGGAGGGGCAGUCCAAUGCCAUAAAUGCUGCCACCUCUCAUCAAUCUUCCGACAAUCAGGAGCCUCAGCGUCAGCGUACCUACCAGGGGGCUUCUCGACCCUCAGAGCUCGACGGCAGCAGUCUCACUGACAAGUAUUCGUAUGGCGGCGCCGGCAGUGCUCUGUAUCCUGUUGCAACCACCAAUGGUACCCAUGGUCUCUAUGGCAACAAUCAGGAAGACUCUCAGGAAGGCUUCCCCAAGGGCUCUUCCCCACGAACAGUGGAGGAAAUGAUUAGAGACUCAGCUUUCACUCGCUCUCGCUACAGUGAGCAUCCCACGGAUGGCCAAAAGACCAACAAGGAGAAGAUGCUUCGAAAUAGAGGAUCCAAAAGCAUGGACCUGGUGGCGGAUGAGAGUGACGUGAGAUCAUUGGCUGGACAUAGAAAGGGGUCAAAUGCUGAUGGAACACUGGGCCCAACCCUGGGCCUCUGGAAGUCCAGCUCCCUUGAAAGUCUCCAGUCAGCCAUGUCGGAGGUCCAGCAGAAUGACAUCCAGGGCCAGGUCCCAUUUCACCGCCCACGGCCACACAUGGUCCGGGGACGCACUUGCAACCAAAGUUUCCGCAUUGCCAUCGACAAGUCUUAUGACGGACCUUCUGAAGAUGAUGACGACCAAUCUGAGGUGAGCUCCGGUCACGAAACACCGGUCAGCAGCUCCUCACGCCAGGACCUGGAUGCUGAAGAUUUGACAAUACGGAAGAAAGUAAAGGAAAAAAAGAGUAAAGGAAAGAAGAGAAGUGAGGAUGCCACAGAUGAUAUGGAGAAGAAGACCAAAAAAAAAGGCUUUGGUCUUUUGAGGUUUGGUAAGAAGAAAGAUGACAAGAGUAAAGUGGCAAAAAACAAACUGGAAGCCUGGAGUGAGGAGGAGGUCGACAGGUUUCCUGACAACAGUGAGAGCUACGAUCCGCGGUAUGCCGAAAUCAACUUCAGCCAGCCCGUCCCCGCUCCACGCUCCUUCCCCGAUGUGAAGGAUGAUGACAAUGACCCCAACUAUGCCCAAAUCAAUAACUUCCUCCAGCCAAACUCAUUGCAGCCAACUGGUCGUACCCCUUCCCCUGCAACUCCCGUGCACGUGGAGACCAAACAGCCUCAGGCCUCUGCCGAGGAGUUGGAGGCGCUCUAUGCCAAGGUCAACAAGAUUAGGCAACAACCUGCAGAAAGUGAUCAGCGGUCCCAGGGGAUGCGGCGGGAGUACCCUCAGGCCCGGGCAGCUCCAGGCUAUGAGGAGCUGGACGCAGCCCGACGUAGAGUGCUGGAGAACGAUCCACACCGGGUGGCACCUAGAGGUGAUGAAUCGCGACCUUCGCACCUGUACGAAGAAUUGGACCGGCCGCACGCCACACACACUAGGAGGGACCCAUAUGAUUACCCGUCGCACGCUAGAUCUGCACGCAGGGAUUACCCCGAUCGCUACCGUGACAAAAGUCCGUCCGUCCAUCAGGCGGCAUCCCACAAUCAACGUCAUCACACCUCAUCUCCCCAUGCUGGACGGCACUACCGUACGGCCUCGGGGCAGGACGUUCUUCCCUCCCCCACUACUGGCCGCAGAGGACACCACUAUGAGGUAAUAGGACACGGAGCAGACGGCUACCGGCAGGCCAGCCCGGAUCGCUAUGGCUACAGAGACGAUCCCAGACAGCCUGAUCCGAGACGGAAGAACCCCAUGAUAGGUGCUGUUUAAUUUCAAAUUUCUAAGAUUAUCCUGAGAUUUCUUUCAAAAGCAGGCUGUGCUGUAUAUUUACAAGCAUGUGGAUGUAUUUAAAAUAUUUUAAUAUUAUAAAAUCUGAAUGAAUUGCAUAUAGAACAAACUUUUUGUGCUGCAUUUCGAAUCAAUGUUUAUUUCCUGACAAACUGGACUUCAUUGGGCAGGAUGUAUAAUGAGGACACCUUGACACACUGGAAUUGCAGGAUGUGAGAAUUACAAUACAAGAAAAGGAAAUGAUAUCCUUGCAAGUAUAUAUUUUUCCCCAGACAGCAUUUAAAGCAGCAAUUAUAUUUGCAAACGAAAGGACUGUUUCUAAUAACAAUUUGUGGUGUUUAUAAUAAAAUGUUAAACGUUUGAUCCAAUUCAGACUACUAUAAACGACUUUACACACUGUGCCUCUAUUGGUUAAUUCAACACAUUCAUUUUUAUACAAACAUUUUACGUCAAUAAAUGUGGAAUUUAU